CAUUGGUAAAGUGCACGUAGGGAGCAGAGGGUGAAUCAAAUAUGGCUGCGCUCAGGAGAAACGUGUGGAAUGUUAGUGUUAGGCUUUUUCUAACAAUUCGCCCACAGUGGGAUUUGGAAAUACGUCGUAAUGUAAGAGCUCUUCGGAGGAAGCCUGUGCGAGUUCUGUAUCCCGACAGCGAGUCGUCUGACAGUAGCCGGAGUCAUGCAUCAGAGCAGACUUUGGGGCAUCGUCUCUCGGCUCCACGGGGAAGAGAAGGGGCAAAUGAGAAGAGCUGUGAAAACCGCAGCCAGUUGGAACGGCAAUACGAGAAAUUUAAUGCUAGCAGUUAUUUAGAAAGGCAUCGGUCCAGGGAUGUUUUUCGAAAGUACCAAGGAUAUACCCCUAGAGGCGAACCCGGUGAGGUAGGCGGCAACCCCUGGGAAGGGCUCCGUUAUGAUAAAAUUGCACCUGGUGAUAAAAGACUUGCGAAGGUAGUUACCAUUUCCAAGUCAAAGAAGUUUCGUGAAAAGCAUGGGAAGAUUCUUUUGGAAGGGAGGCGUUUGAUCAGUGAUGCACUUGAAGCAGGAGCCGUACUAGAGACUCUCUUCUUUAGCAGUGUUGAUAGCCUGACUGAUUUUCCAGCUGAAAAACUGAAGCGAGCUAACCUUGUCAAGGUGAAGUUUGAGGACAUCAAAACCUGGUCAGACUUGGUAACCCCUCAAGGGAUAAUAGCAAUUUUUAACGUGCCUAAUUAUGCACAGAUGAAGUACCCAGAACUGUGCAUCAAGAAUUGCCUGCCAUUAUCUGUAAUCUGUGAUAACAUCCGUGACCCAGGAAAUCUGGGGACCAUCCUAAGGUGUGCUGCUGGAGCUGGAUGUGACAAAGUUCUUCUUACAAAAGGUUGUGUGGAUGUUUGGGAGCCAAAGGUGCUUCGAGCUGGUAUGGGGGCUCAUUUUCGUAUACCUUUGAUUGCCAACCUUGAAUGGGAAAGCAUUCCAAACUACCUAUCAACCAGCUGCAAGGUCUUUGCAGCUGACCAUCAUGGAUUAGCUACACUAGAUCAAGAUGUGAGCUCUUCAGGCAGAGACAAAGAUUAUGGUUGGGUUUCAAGUCGGCAAAACCCUAAAGUGAACCAGUACAAAGAAUGGAGUUCGUCAGAUGAUGACAGUGAUCUAGAGGAGAGAAAACCCACAGCUAAAUUUCACUUGCCUGAUGUUGGCAUUCAGUGUUACCAUGAUUUGUGGGCCCAGGGUCAGACUGCAGUUGUAAUAGGUGGAGAAGCACACGGACUGAGCAUGGAGGCUCUUGAACUGGCUGAAAGCACAGCUGGACAAAGACUGUACAUCCCUUUAGUACCUGGAAUGGACAGUUUAAACUCUGGAAUGGCGGCCAGUAUUUUGCUCUUUGAAGCAAAGAGGCAACUAACUUUGUUAAAGAAAUAAAUAGAUUCUGUUUCUUGUAACUGUAAAUGCGUCCUUGUCUAAAAGACCACAUACUCAAAGAGCACAAGCAGGAACACAUUGAGAGUGGACAGUGGCAUUUUUUUGCAGUAUAUCAUUGAUAUCCAGUAAAGCUCACUAGGUAUAUUUUAAUUUAUUUAAGGGUACUCAGAGCAGUGGAUGUUUAUAAACCUAGCAGUGGUUUUCCAUUCUGUAAGUAAAAGUGGUGGGAGACAAACCAAAUAAGCUAGGUGCAACACAUUCUUAUAAUCUCUUGGUCAGAGUGUCAGGUCAGCCCAGCUUAUUAAUUCUGGAAUUCGGUAGAUGAAUAAUUUUGAAGUUUUGUUUUUUGGCUUGUUAAGAACCUUCAUAUUAUGCAGAUGCCUUGGAUUUUUGGAGCAAACUACAAUGUGGCUGAUAAUGUUUUCUAUCUUUGCGUCCCAUACUAUGUCUUGUUAUUGGUGAGAGAUAUUACAUAGGCAAGAGCAUUGUCAGAGUCUUCAAAGCUGGAGUUUGAAUAUUCUGUGGCUGUAACAGAAGCAUCAACUUUAAAAAUUGCAUCAGUUACAUUUUUUCCAGUUUCGACACAGUCCAAGUACACAAAGGAAAAAAUGUACCUUGGGUAUGACAGGUGAUAUUUACAUUUGCAAGAGAAUGAUAAACUGUUGGCUUUAGGGAGUGCAUUGGUGAUGAAGAUUUCUGAUGGCAUAAUUGUCUUUCUGCAGCACUGGGUUUAGUGUUUUGUGAGCAGCUUAUGGAAAAGUAGUCUUAUUAGUAAUCUGUACAGACUGUAAGAAUUAAAGAUGCCAGAAUAGUGUUUAAUCCAGGAUUUAAUCAUUUAUAUUUUACUUCUAUAAACUUGAUAGCCCAAUGUUUUAGGAAUAAGCAACACAUUCCUUUGUGUUGAGAUUUCAAAGCUGUUACUUGGUAAAAUCUGUCUGCUAGUAAUUAUAACCAGAAACCUACAGUAAAGCUAAAGAAAGUAUUGCACGGAUAUUUUAUUAAAAUUGCAUGUGUCUGUUAUCUAUAUGAUGUGAUGUGUGCAGGGUUAUCUGAUGUCUGGCUUACAUUUACUUCUUGACAGUGAGAUUGUUUACUGACGCAUUGUAGCAUGCUUUGGUACAACCUAUUUUACUUUGUUUUUGUUUGCCAGCUGACAAUAGACGGAAACAUUCAGACCUUAUUUUGUAUGAAGAUUAUGUCUGGUGUAAUUGGGCACCAUAUCCCUCUUAGCUUAUAGGGAUGUUAUUUAAGAAAUAGUUAACCUGCCAUACUUUCUCUUAUUUUGUAAACUGCACUAGGCCCAUUACCAAAGCAAUGUUUGUUUUAAAGCUUUCUGUUGUAACAGCUGCUCAGGAAUAUUUUCUUCUGCUGUAAAACAUAUUUAACACUCA